UUAAAUUUAUAUUUUUAUGGUGAGGGGCGGUCUGUAUUUGAUUUUAGAAAAGUUAGGGAUUCGAUCGAUGAAACGACACUUGAUUAAGCACUCUGACACACGACCUUUGCAUUUGUUGGGCGGAUUCAGUCGAAUGUAAUCGAGAGCCGUGCUUUUAAACUUCUAAAGGGGUCUUUUUUUCGGUGGACCACUCGCAAACUAAAUCAAGAUUUUGCUUUUUAAUAUAAAAAAGUACUUUAUUAAGUUUUCUCAGACUCUGUCGACAUGUAACGAGUGGUUAUUAGACAACUUCGGAUCAAACUUUGUCUCGCCGGAGAAAAGAUUUUACUGAAGACAUGAACAUUUGCUCUGAAGACCCUGAAGUGUAGGAGGCGACUGCAGUAGUGAUGGCUGCACAGUUUACUAUUGAUGAUGCCUUUGUCUUGGACGACGGAGAUGAAGAAGGAGCUGUGCCUGAAGGAGAGCCAGAGUGGUGGAAAGGUAGAGACAAAGACCGGGAUGGAGAGAUGACGUUUGGUCCUCUGGCAUUCUCCAAACCUCAGUCUUACCCCCCACCUGCCGCCUCGGGCUCACCUGAACACAGCAACCUGAAGUAUCAGAAUCUAGAAAAUGAAGAUGCUCUGGGCAGCAAUAGCAAUUCUUCAUUCAAUAACUUAUUUAAAAUCAGUGACCCCUCAACGCUGUCUUACUGCAGCUCCCAGUGGUCCUUUAGCACUCUGAGUUCAGUCACGCAGCUCUCUGCACGCUGCUGCGGGUGGGUGUCCCAUCCCCUGGUGAAGAAAAACAGAAGAGUUGUUCUCGCCUCAUUCCUCCUCCUCAUCACUGGAGUAGCGCUCAUUUUUACAGGGAUUGUCAUCCAGCUGAACCCAAAUGCAGAUGUUUCAAGUGCCAUUUUCUUUAUCCCUGGAUUUCUUCUUUUCAUCCCUGGAGUGUAUCAUGUGAUCUACAUCACCUGUGCGGUUCGUGGCAGAAGAGGAUUCAAGUUGUUCUACUUACCCUAUUUUGAGAAAUGAACUCUAAUGAGACACUCCUUUUGUUGUUUAUUGAAAAUGAAAUGUAUUUUUAGUAUAUGUCACCUGUAACAAGACACUUUUACAUUUUUAUCAUUAUAAUGACCACUGCUACUUGAACCACUCAGUGUUUUGGCUGUUUUUCCACUAAAUGAACUAACAAGGCUGAUUGUACACACUAAAGGACGAUUGGUCUUACUUGUGGUUUUUGUGUUGUGUGAAUGAUGUUUGUGAAAUCACAAUAAAAUGUUUGUAUAUUUAAA